AUGCGGCGGCCCAGCAUCCACACAGGGCGAUGGCGCUGUCUUCCCAUCUGGUCCACGGCUAAUAUAUCUCCUCAGUGGAGACACAAACUCCAUCAUCCCGCAAAAUUCGCUGUGAGAAGCUGCUCAUGUACGGCGUCUCAGGCCGCAUUCUCCACCACCAAUGAUGAUACACCUCACCAUGAUGCUUCCUCUCCACAGACCCCAACUCUUCCUCCAGCAGACCACAGAGUGGUCGGAACGGCGCAAGAUCUCUUCACUACAUCCGUUUACAGUCCUGGAUCGCCUCUAUUCCUCCCAAACGGCACACAUAUCCUCAACAAACUCACGUCCUUCCUGCGAGCACAGUAUGCACAGUACGGGUUCCGCGAGGUCCUGACUCCAAGUAUCUACAAAAAGUCGUUAUGGGAGGUUUCGGGCCACUGGCAAAACUACAAGGAUGACAUGUACGAGGUCCGCGGGAGAGGAGCCUCCGGUGAGACGGCGAAGGGUGAGAUUGGCGAGGACGAGUCGUACGGUCUUAAGCCCAUGAAUUGUCCCGGGCACUGCCUGCUCUUCAAGUCACAGAAUCACUCUUAUCGCGAGCUGCCGCUCCGGUAUGCCGAUUUUAGCCCUCUCCACCGCAACGAGAUAUCCGGAUCGCUCAGUGGCCUUACCCGUGUCCGCCGGUUCCAUCAAGAUGACGGCCAUAUUUUCUGCCGCCCGCAGCAGAUUGGCAGUGAGAUCGAAUCAGCUUUAAGAUUUACAGAUACUGUUAUGAAUACCUUUGGAUUUAAUAAAUACAGACUCGUCCUUUCUACGCGGCCGGAAAGGGAUUUCAUUGGCAGCAUUGAGCUCUGGGAUAGUGCGGAGCGGCAGCUGCGGGAUGCGCUGGAGAAAAAUGGCCGAUCAUGGGAGUUGAAUGAGGGGGAUGGUGCUUUUUACGGACCCAAGAUCGAUAUGCAGGUUCAAGAUUCGGAUGGCAAGUUCCACCAACUCUCCACCAUCCAGCUGGAUAUGAACCUGCCACAGAGGUUUGAACUGGGAUACGCCGUUGCGGAGGGCGAGGAGGACUACAACCCCGCUACUCCGGGAAAGGCAAUGCCUGUCCUGAUCCACCGGGCGAUUUUUGGCUCGCUUGAGAGAUUCUUUGCCCUUUUAAUUGAAAAUUAUAAUGGUAGAUGGCCAUUCUGGCUCUCGCCUCGCCAAGGAAUCAUCCUAACUGUGUCACAGGAUGAAAAGCUUCUCCAAGCCGCAGAGGACGCAGCAACCAAGAUGUCCGGCUACCCAGUCCACCGGAAUGGAGAGCUAAACUCGAACUCCAACUCAACAGCACAGCCAUUGAAACCGAUAUCACCUGCACAGACAACGUUUCGUAUCGACGUUGACACAUCGGCUCGAUCUCUGGGGAAGAAGAUUCGAGAGGCAAAGAAGAUGAAGUAUAAUCUUAUCUUCGUGCUGGGAGAGAAGAACCUCGGUGAUGGAAGCAUUGAUAUUGACUUAACCGGUCUGACGGUGGUUGGGCUUGGGAACAGCGAGGGACGAACAGCAAAUAGCCUUCUUGAUAACACCCCGUGCUGGGACGUAACUAACCCUCCAGAUUCGAACAACGGGGACCAUAGGAAUGUGGCGACAGUGAAGAUGAAAAUGAGGGUAGAUGACGUUUAUAAUUGGCUUCUGCGCUUAGAGACGCGGUUCCACUGA